CACCAUUGCCGCCGUCAACAACCUUCUCCGGCAACUCUCACCGGGAUCUCAUCGGAAAAUUCUCACCGGAGAAAAACAAAAAAACACUUCCCACCGCCAUUGCUGUUGCUGUUUCAAGCAGAAUUUGCUAACAAACACUACGUUUCUUGUUUCCUUUCUCUCUAAUUGAGUUCAACACAAUGCCAUUGAAAACUCUUGAGAGUUAGUCUCAAUCUCCAAUUCUCCAUGCUUAUGCAGUUGCAUUGCUCCUUCACUGCAACUAAUGAAAGCUACAUUGCCAACAUAGUUUAGCGUUUCACGAGCAUUGAAAACUUCAUCUAGUGUUUUUAUGGUUCCAAGGUGUUACCUGCAUAUGUGAAUUUCAUGAUAUGAUAGGAGGUCAAAGAUUUUUUUUUAAUUAGCAUUUAUUUUUUCUAUGUUGUAAGAUCCAAACUUUCCUCAGUAUUGGUUUUGGUGUUUAUUCUGGGAAUUUAUUAUGCAUCACUAAGUCCAAGGUUCUUAUUUAUUAUAUAUAAAUAGUAUAUUAGUAUAGUAUUUCAUAAUUCAUAGUUCUAAUUUCUUAAGGCUUUGAUUGAAUUGAAGAGUUAAUUAACCAAUUAGAGAGAAUUUGAAUGAUGCUGAGGUGGGGAAAGGAGCAUGAUCAUGAGAGUGAGGAAAUGGAGGUGAUAGGGUUCAAUGUUUUGGGUUCUGGAGAUGAAGGUGUAAUCAAAUCCAAUAAUAAUAAGAGGUUGGUUAUAAGGUCUAGUAGGAUUAAGGUGUGGAUGGCUCGUGCCAUAACCACUGUGUUAAUUUGGACCAGUGUGGUUCAGAUUAUGUCAAUUGGUGAAUUAUGGGGUCCAAGAUUCUUGAAGGGUAUGCCUUAUUAUUGUUUCAAUCACCAUCCUUCAGAUUCAUCUUCUCAGGCCAUAGUAGAAAAGCCUUUUGUUCUUCCACAUAAUAGGGCUAUUGUUCUCCCACCCAAAAGGAUUUAUAAGAACAAUGGUUAUCUUGUGGUUUCUUGCAAUGGAGGGCUCAAUCAAAUGAGAGCAGCAAUAUGUGACAUGGUUGCUAUUGCUAGACAUUUGAAUGCAACUCUUAUAGUUCCAGAACUGGAUAAAACAUCUUUCUGGGCUGAUCCAAGUGAGUUCCAAGACAUAUUUGAUGUAGAUAAUUUCAUUGCAUCAUUGAGAGAUGAGGUUAGAAUAUUGAAGCAACUACCACCUAGACUCGAGAGAAGGGUAAAAUUGGGAUUAUUUCAUUCAUUGCCACCAGUCAGUUGGUCUGGUAUAUCUUACUAUGAAAAACAGAUCCUUCCUCUCUUGAGGAACCACAAGGUUUUGCACCUAAAUCGGACCGAUGCCCGGCUCGCGAAUAAUGGACUACCACCAGAGAUUCAGAGGCUUCGUUGCAGGGUAAAUUUCCAGGCAUUGAGGUUUACUUCCCAGAUAGAGGAACUUGGUAGAAGAAUUGUUAGCAUUUUGAGGUCAAGAGGGCCAUUUCUUGUGCUUCAUCUUAGAUAUGAGAUGGACAUGUUAGCCUUUUCUGGAUGCACUCAUGGAUGUGACUCCAAAGAGGUGGAGGAACUCACAAGAAUGAGAUAUGCUUAUCCAUGGUGGAAGGAAAAAGUGAUUAAUUCUGAGCUUAAGAGACAAGAUGGUUUAUGCCCUUUGACACCAGAGGAAAUAGCUCUGAUAUUGACAGCACUAGGCAUAGAUCAAACUUAUCAAGUUUAUAUUGCUGCUGGAGAAAUAUAUGGUGGAAGGAGAAGGAUGCAAAAUUUGCUUUCAGCUUUUCCUAAUGUGGUAAGGAAGGAAACUCUGUUGGAACCUUCAGAUUUGAUGUAUUUCCAAAACCACUCAUCACAAAUGGCUGCAUUGGAUUAUCUUGUGUCACUGGAGAGUGACAUAUUUAUUCCAACAUAUGAUGGUAACAUGGCUAAAGUUGUUGAAGGCCAUAGAAGAUUCCUAGGUUUCAAAAAGACUAUACAACUAGAUAGGAAGAUUUUGGUGCGGCUGAUAGAUCAAUACAACAAUGGCUCAUUAAGCUGGGAUGAAUUUUCAGAUGUUGUUAAGAAAGUUCAUGCUAAUAGAAUGGGAAGCCAGAAAAGAAGAGUUGUAAUCCCAGAAAGACCAAAAGAAGAAGAUUAUUUUUAUUCUAAUCCUCAGGAAUGUUUACAAUUGCAAGAUGAACCACUGAUGAGAAGCACAUGAUUAUUGCCACUUGAUUUUUGUUCAUAGUCCUCCAACUAAAUGAAAAUUGCAAAUUUGUACCAUGUUAUGUUAUUCAAGGUGGCUUAUUGGCUAUGCUUUUCACAAGAAUCAUGAAGAUAAAUAAUUACAUAAGUUUCAACAUUUUGAGGGACAGGUUCUUGUGUAAAGCAAUAGCAAAGUGUUGUUGAGUCUUAUACACUGUACAAAUUAAAUGAGCAAAAA